AUGUCAGCCUCCUCUAGCGACGUGAUCGAGCGUUUCCAUCAGAAACGUCAGAUCUUCAAGAAACUGCGGGAAUUCCGUACCUCCCUCCAUUCUGCGGGUCUGUUGUCCACGAAUAGAGGGGCAAAAUGCACAGUCUUGGAAGUCGAAAGCAUGUGGAUAUCUUUGUUUGGUACAACUUCAGAAGUUGAAUGUUUGCGAAUGUGCUUACGUCGAGUAUGUACUAACUGCAUACUCAUUCUAUCUUGCAGCUUCCCCCUCGUUAUACGAGACGUAGUCUACCGAAAGGGCGGCACUCCCAGAGAAUCUUCCUGGUCGUCCUGCCUGUAGUACAUGAUUCAUCUCAAUUAUCUAAUAUUCCCAAUCAUUCUCCUGGUCGUCCUGCCACUACUUACAUGAUUCAUCUCAAAUAAAAAUAUUCCCAACGACCCCGACCAUUUUCAACAUGACACUGUCACCAUAAUUCCCGUUCACAGGCACAACCGCACUGUCCACCGAUUUUGUGCAGUUUAUCCACGCAAUUGACACCUCCAGAGGUUGGCCGAAAGGCGCUAGCUUGAAAGACAAAGCUUUGAUCUUCAAACUGAUAUUAAGGCUGUACCUAAUACAUCUUUGGGCGCAUGAUCCUUGAAAAUGAAACGUAUGGAGGAGUAUCCUCCUAAGGGCGUAAUACUCUCCCGUAGUACCUUUCAAGGAUGCACUUGAAAGAUGAAUUUCGGACAGCUCUAAUGAUAGCUGCAAGAAAUGGAGAGUGCUCGUUUCACACACUGCUGGAAUCUCCGCUCUGUUUUGUGCCUUACGUGCCGAACACUUUGGUACCGAAGACUGCUCUGGUAGAGACGACGGAUCUGAAUGCUGUGAUGGCGGAUUUGAGCAGGAGCGUUGUUUAUCGUACUGGCUUUUUCAAGAUGCUUUGGUUUUGCUUGUGGUUGUAACUACGCAUGAUCUUCAUGCUGAUCACAAACUUUUGGCUGAUGUUUCUCGUCCCAUCUGAAAUUUAUAGCUCUUUUUUCUCUCGUUCAGUAGGAGGAAUCAAUUGGAAUCCCAGCAUGAAAAAUCAAACCCUUCUCUUACUCUUCUCCAGGUAAAGUCGACCUUCUCCGCUUAGAUAUGUUUUCAAGUGGCUACGUCAGUGCAGAAGAGAUACAAAUACUGACGCCCAGGCUCUAUCCUCUUCACACGAUAAAAGCUGCAUUGCUAGAAAUUUUGACGCGGUUUUGUGAGAAGCAGAAUUUCGUCUUAUCGCAAACGACUUUGGAUUUGAGCUUCCAUCAGAAAGGAGUGGGAUUGUACUUCUUCAUUUUGUAGUUGGGUGACCCUUAGAGUUAGUAGUAUUAGUUACUUCAUUUUGUAGUUGGGUGAGCCUUACUAGUAUUCAGUAGUUACUCUAGAGAUAGAAGAAGUAUUAGUUUCUCAAUUGUAGUACCUAGUGACCCUUACUAGUAUUCAGUAGUUACUACAUUGUGACGUACAGAACCCGCGCUCUACCUGCUGAAGGACCGUGGUUUCUGCGGUUUGUGAUAAAAGCUUGUGAGAUGUGGGACCGACGCGAAGUGUAUAGGAUGUACCUGAAGGAUCCUGCCUUCCAAGAAGUCUACAAGCAGGUCACGCCGGGAGUGGGUUUAUGUCGGAAUCAAUUAUUAUACUACUUGCCAGAGUUAUAUUUAUAACAUGGAAUCAAUUAGGGUAAGCUUGUAGUUGUAUUUGAUAGAAAGAAGAACUUAAUAUGGGGAAAGAAGAGACGAGAACUAGAAGAAAGGAAAAGGAACUGACCUCUGCUGCGAUAGUACUACUUGUGCUAGAAAAAGGGACCACAUGUAAAGAUUCUUAAUAUGAAGUCGGAGUGGACCACUACGAACUAGGUUGUAAAAGACAAAUAGCAGCUAGAAGUACAAGUUAGUGUAUCCCUUCAGAAGUUGUAAGGACUUCUUGUUCUCCUACAACAUCUUCUGAGCAUUUAUUUGGUGUAGUUACCUUAGAAGGUGUAAUCAACUACAACUGCGUGUCUCUGUCUUCUCCAUCUUCUUUCUCUAACAAGGGGAGCACCGCAGCCACAAGUAACUCUUGGUUUUCCUCCUGAAACCUCAAGCAGUUCUGGGGGUCCAAAGUCUUCCACUGAGCCUAGUCCAGCUACCACUAGCGGAGGCUUUUCGUCCCAAGACAUUAGGGACAUGGAUACACUGUUAGGAGGAAUACACAGUGGUGGGCAAGGAGAAGGAGCAAGCAACAUGCUCUUUUUUGGAGAGCAGGAGAGCAUUGCUGGAGGUGGCAUUGCUGGAGGUGGAGUGCUAGAAGACCAUGACCUAUUGCGCUACGUUGGCAUAGAAAAAUUUCUAGAUGGCGGAGAUGACGACUGCAUAGACGUUGAAACGGAACUAGAAGAACAAGACGCAGUAUCUUCUCAUCAUGGAUCCUCACUCGACACAUCGUUUGCAGGUAAGCCUACUCGUGCAAGUAAUCGCGGACCUGUUGGACUUGGAGGAAACACCGGAAAUACUGCUAGCAAGAGGAGUAGUACUAGCAGCAGUACAUCAGCUCCAGGUGGAUACCGAUAUCCCCCUACGAUGCCAUGGGGAUCGAGCAGACAUGGAAAUGGUUUUCACUCGUCAUCUGCGAGUCAUGUUGCGAACACUUCUAGCCUUGGCGUUCAUCCUGCUCUUGCAUCUACUGAUGCUGAAGAGGCGCAGUUCCAGACUCCAGGACCUCGUCUCCAGCAGUAUCAGAAUCCCUAUUACGGGGUCCUAGCGUCUGGUGGUCCUCCAGGAGGUCGUGGUCCUCCCGGUGCUGUUCCGCGAAAUGGAAAAACUCCACCACCAUUUCAAUUACUCCGCACGACUGGAGCUGAUCUCAACAACACUGGACAACUAGGCCUCGGGAAUGUAGUGGAUUUGAAUUUCUUGCGAGAUUCAUUGAGUAGAUGAGAAUGAAGCUAGGGAGGUUUGGUUGUAGUCAGUUGAUCAAUCUAAAUCUCUGUUUCUAUGACAAUGACGUGACUCUGUAUGAUAACACUGUUGCUAGUACAGCUACUUAGUUCGACGUUGUAGAAAGUUAAACAUGUUGAGCAUGACAAAGACGACUUGAACAUGACAGCUCCACGGCCGCCCCUCGUGGUACACUUGUGGACUUGUAUCGUCCCGCUGGUAGUCGAGGAGUACUACUAGGGAUGCCAAUCAAUCAAAAGACGAUCACGCUGCAUUAACUACUAAGUAGAGAAUUUUUGUAAAGACAGUUGGAUGAAAAGUAAAUGAACAAGGACAAUGCAAGUACGAAUUGGAAUGUAGAUAAGUACAUCGAGUACGAAGUUGUACGUAGUACAAGUACAACUACAUCAAGUGAAUAGUCCAAGGCGAGUCUACCUGUAAAAUCGUAGUGGAAAGAAUAAAACAUAAAGUGGAAUCGUAGCGAACGCACACAUCUAGAACAUUUAGUGAUUAUUUCAACGCAGUAGUUUAUUUAUAUUUUCGUAACUCUUCUUCAGCAUCAGCAUUAUGGCUGAAUUGGAAGUAGUUCUUCACCAAAACCGUAAAAUUCCAAAUUGUAUGAAAUUCUGGACAUGCACAUGCAGCAUAUAAUGAUUAUGUUGCACAGGAAGGCCAAGGCUUGCGCUUGUUGUACAAUGUACAUGAUUUUUGAAGUUUAGAACAGCAAUUGCGAUGAAGUAGAAAAAUGCCAUGCAACUCUUUGUGGAGGAAGCGACGCAUGUGAAAAAUGCAAGAACUACAAUAAAAUGUAGUUGCAACACGACGACAAAAAAAGCAUGCUUUUUCCGUUCAUCUUGUCGAGUAAUCUACAAAAA